AAAAGAUGGGAGACAACGUUAUGAGAGCCACAACUAAAAAUUGGAAUAAGUGUUUUAUUGUUACGAAACUGUUAUAUCGUGGUGGUGCUACUCUUUUACCAAGUUGUUUUGUGUGUCUUUAUUCCCUAUCUUUUACAAUCUGUGUCCCGUCGAAUUCCCAAAGUUAUCUGAUAAGUGAUGGCAUCGAAGAAGCGUGGUUUGCCUUCAACUCUUGCCACAACAAACUCUUUUGCCACAGUCAAAUUCCAUUUACCUGCUGACACGAGUCAGCUUGAUAUUGCCCCUUUGGAGUGGAUCAAGAAGAAGGGGAAUAAAUCCACAUGUUAUUGGCCAGAUGAAGAUGUAGCAGAGAAUGCUACUGCAUUGGUAAAUUUGAUAACAAAUAAGAGAGCUGUUGUUGAUAAAGAAAAUUGGACGGUAUUGAAUGUAACAAUAAUAGCUAAGUUUGACACUUACAAAGGAGCACAAGACCAAUUUAAGAAUGCAAUUGAUGGUGAACAGGUGGUUAGCACUGAUAUUGAAAAAAAGAGGAAGAGGUUAACGCACUGAAGGAAGGAAGC